AUGCGAGACUUCUGGGUCUGCAUCGUGGGGUUUGCAGGUUCAUGGCUUCUUGGAUCGUUGUCUGCGUCUUCGAUCAGGGCCACGUACGGAAUCUAUGGUGCGAUUCAGUCAUUGGACACUCCUACGACUGUGACGUCGCUCCUUCAGCAAUGUUAUGCUGGAUUCGCCCUCAAUGGCUGUAAGGACUUGAAUGCGAGCGCAGGAUUCCACAAGGCGUAUACCUUCGAGACUCAGUUCACAGAUCCGUGGUUGAUGAACCAGCAGUACUGCUUACAGUGCUGCACGAACCCUGUGCCACGUCUAGGAGCUGACGAGACGUGGAAUUUGUCGUGUCCGCUUAAUGACGUCCAACGUCUGAGCGUGAGCAAAGGAAGAAGAACGUAUCGCUUUGCACGGCGGAACGCGCUGGACGAUAAAACUAUCAUCGAGUGUCCUAUGCCAACACGAAACUUGUCGACGUAUUUGAGUGGAUACAAACUGGAAUUGGUGGUUAUUGAGCGUUCCUUGAAUUUCGGAGCAGAGUUCUGGCGUAGCGUAGUCGAAUGCUCGGUGACUAUAACGGAGAGCGAGGACCCGCCUGACAUCUUCAGCGAGGUGCUUCACCUUCGUUCGAUCCCUAUCACACAAGAACGUCCUACAGCUUGGGUAGUGCCAACUGUGUUUGCAUUUCUUGGGACAGCAGGCGUAAUGGCCAUUCCAAUCUACAAGGGCAAGUUCAGAGGACAGAGAUGUUUGCAUUGUGGCUCAUGGAUGGUUGUGAUCAAUGGCAUGUGCUUGGUCUGCAUUAUUAUCAGCUGUAGUAUCCACCCACCACCAGCAAAGAUUUACAUCACCAAUGGUAAGCCGUUCAGUCACGGUGUGCAACAGCCAGACCACACAGACACUACCGACAUGGGUGACGUGAAGCCGUGGCAAAAGUAUUUGCAUUUGGCCAAGGCAAAGCUCACAAAAGAACCCGACUCGAGUACAACCACGCUGGCAUGAUAAUUCCCAGCUCAUCAGCAUUUAAACUGUACUGCGAGACUAAUGUUUAUCUGCGUCCUUGUCUCGCCUUUGUCGUCGGCGUCGCGUCAAUCUUGUCCAGCUCAGGUAAAAGCUCCUCUAGUUUCUUUCGGUACUCAAAGUCUUGAGCGAGUGGAUUACGCUCCAGGUAGAGUGUGCGUAGUCCUGCCAGCGGUACAAGGUGCUCCACGUCAGCAUAUUGUGCGAUCUGGUUGUCGUUCAGCCACAGAUCCUCCAGUUGUGCUAGCGGCGCCAGCGUCGACGGAAUAUUCGUGAUACGGUUACCAGCCAGAUCCAUCGUAGUCAGCUUUGUCUGUACAACGAAAAAAAACACAACUAAGCAACAUAUUUCAACCAUC